UUGGUCACACUGCAUUGCUAUCGUUCAUACUCGUGUGCGUUUGCACUGACUAUCGAGUUGUAGAGGCAAUGUGUUUUGAUUUCACGGGUGUCCCGUCUUUCCUAUGUGACCAAUUUCUCGAGGAUACGUUGUUUAAACGUUUUAAAUAAUGGGUAGGGUAAUUCGUGCUCAGAGAAAAGGUGCGGGAAGUGUUUUCCGUUCCCAUGUUAAACACAGGAAAGGAGCUCCAAAACUCAGGAGUUACGAUUAUGCCGAGAAAUACGGAUACAUUAAAGGUGUUGUUAAGGACAUCAUUCACGAUCCAGGUCGUGGAGCUCCGUUAGCAGUUGUCCACUUUAGAGACCCGUACAAAUAUAAGACCAGGAAAGAAUUGUUUAUUGCGCCCGAAGGUGUAUACACAGGUCAAUUUCUGUAUUGUGGAAAGAAAGCCAAAUUAAACAUCGGUAAUGUUCUGCCAGUUGGAGUAAUGCCUGAAGGUACAAUUGUCUGUAAUUUAGAAGAAAAGACUGGCGAUCGUGGCCGUUUGGCUCGUGCCUCUGGAAAUUACGCCACCGUAGUAGCUCACAAUCCAGACUCUAAGCGAACUAGAGUAAAGUUACCAUCUGGUGCAAAAAAAGUAAUUCCAUCCAAUAACCGUGCUAUGGUUGGUUUGGUUUCUGGUGGUGGUCGUAUCGAUAAGCCCAUGUUGAAGGCUGGUCGUGCAUACCACAAAUACAAGGCUAAACGUAAUUGCUGGCCUAAGGUUCGUGGUGUUGCUAUGAACCCCGUUGAGCAUCCCCACGGUGGUGGUAACCAUCAACAUAUUGGUAAAGCGUCCACAGUCAAGAGAGGAACCAGUGCCGGAAGAAAGGUCGGUCUUAUUGCUGCCAGGAGAACUGGUAGGAUUCGUGGAGGUAAAGUGGUCACAAAGAAGGGCGAUGAUUAAUCUGUUUAUUAUCGUGUUUGUAUUUAAUUUUACAAAUAAAGUAUAAAAACAAAAAAAAAAAUGUGUUU